GUGCGAAAAUCAUCAUGAAAAGCUCAGUGUAUUUUGCUGGACGUGUAAGAAGUGUAUCUGCCACCAGUGUGCGCUUUGGGGUGGAAUGCAUGGCGGGCAUACUUUUAAGCCCUUAGCAGAAAUAUAUGAGCAGCAUGUCACAAAAGUGAAUGAGGAGGUGGCAAAGCUUCGCCGAAGACUCAUGGAGUUGAUAAGUUUGGUACAAGAAGUGGAAAGGAAUGUUGAAGCGGUCCGCAGUGCGAAAGACGAACGUGUGCGGGAAAUCCGGAACGCCGUGGAGAUGAUGAUUGCUAGGUUAGAUACACAGCUGAAGAACAAACUCAUCACACUAAUGGGUCAGAAGACAUCCCUCACGCAAGAAACGGAACUUCUAGAGUCUUUGCUACAAGAAGUAGAACAUCAGCUCCGGUCGUGCAGUAAAAGUGAACUAAUCUCGAAAAGCUCCGAGAUUUUAAUGAUGUUCCAGCAAGUGCACCGGAAACCCAUGGCGUCUUUUGUCACCACUCCUGUCCCUCCAGACUUCACGAGUGAGUUAGUACCUGCUUAUGAUUCAACUACCUUUGUCCUGGAGAAUUUUAGCACUUUACGUCAGCGAGCAGAUCCAGUUUACAGCCCACCACUUCAAAUUUCUGGGCUUUGCUGGAGGCUAAAAGUGUACCCAGAUGGAAAUGGAGUGGUACGUGGCUACUAUUUAUCAGUAUUUCUUGAGCUCUCAGCUGGAUUGCCAGAAACUUCCAAAUAUGAAUACCGUGUUGAGAUGGUCCACCAAUCCACCAAUGAUCCUGCAAAAAACAUCAUCAGAGAAUUUGCAUCUGAUUUUGAAGUCGGGGAAUGCUGGGGUUACAACAGGUUUUUCCGACUGGAUCUGCUUGCCAACGAAGGCUAUUUGAACAGGCAGAAUGACACCGUCAUAUUACGCUUCCAGGUGCGUUCACCUACGUUCUUCCAAAAAUGUCGGGAUCAGUAUUGGUACAUUUCUCAGCUGGAAGCGGCUCAAACAAGCUAUGUCCAGCAAAUAAAUAAUCUGAAAGAGAGGCUGGCGAUCGAGCUUUCCCGGACCCGGAAAUCCCAUGGCGUCUCCCCUCCAGAUAGUCACCUGAGCCCACAAAGCGACGACGGCCUGGAAAUGAGACCAAAGAAAUCAGGACCAAACUCAGACGUGCUUCUUGAGGCUGUGGCCAGCACAGCGCCCCCCAGAGACACAAAAGAAGAAGAGGAGGAAAAAGUACAAUAUGAAGAUUUUAAUCACGAGCUCUCCGACGGAGAUUUGGACGUUGACUUCGUUGGCCAAGAGGAGGCAAACCAUUUGGACGGCAGCAGUUCCUCCGUGAGCUCAACCGCCACCAGCAACACAGAGGAAAACGACAUAGAUGAAGAGACCAUGUCUGGAGAGAACGAUGUGGAAUACACUCACAACAUGGAACUGGAGGAAGGAGACCUGGUAGAAGAAGCUACAUCUGCCCCAGCAGGGGCCUCAGGUGGGAGCCAUGCAUACCGCACAACAGCCAGCCACUUGUCAAAGCGAGGAAAUGCACUCACUUCUGCCAGUAGCAGCUUGCUUGAUAUAGAUCCCUUAAUAUUAAUCCAUUUGCUGGACCUGAAGGACAGAAAUGGGAUGGAAAACCUGUGGGGUCUACAGCCACGCCCACCCACCUCACUUUUGCAGAACAGAGCAUCGUACUCUUUAAAAGAGAAAGACCAGCGGAGGCAUCAGGCAAUGUGGCGCGUUCCGCCAGACCUUAAAAUGCUGAAGAGGUUGAAGAGUCAGAUGGCUGAAGUACGGAGUAAGAUGUCGGAUGUGAAGAACCAGCUGUCCGAGGUUCGGAGCAGCAACACCAACCCUUCUGACGGGCAGACCACCUACGCCUUCCCUGGUGACCAGGGCACCUUGGCAGCCUGCGGGACAGAAAGCUACAACAAGCUGCAGGAACUUGGGAGGGAGCUGCUGACAAAAUCAUCCCUCUCUAGCUGCUAUAUUCGGAAUUCCGCAAAUAAGAAAAAUAGUUCAACUAAAGCUGGUCGCUCAGGGGCCGCAGGCAGCCUGUCUUUGCGAAGGGCGAUGGAUUGUGGGGAUGGAAAUAUCCUUUUGAAGCCAGAGUGUCAGCUUUCCUCUGAAGGUUGCCUAGGAAACUCUAAGCCCAACAGUCGGCGCAGCUCCCCCAGAUCUUUGGCUUGCGCUUCGGAUCCCCUGUCUAAUUCUGAAGACAGAAUGUGUGAGGUUUCUGAUUCCAACGUUGGUGCUUCUGCUUUAAAUGGCAUAGCUGCUGUGGAAAAAGCUAGGAAAGGAAUAGCUGUGGGGCCCAACCCAAAUCGAUGUCGUCUGGAAGCCACCGAGGCAAGUGAUUUGGAAAACAGCUGUGAAGCUGGAGAGCUACAAGUAGUCCCCUCUGAAGGGGCUUCAGCAAAUCUUGAGGAAGGUAAGGCUUGCCAGAAACCUGCACUUCAUCUCUUGCCAGGCAUGAGCAGCGACAGCGACAUCGAGUGCGACACCGAAAACGACGAACAGGAAGAGCCCGAGACUGCCUGUGCCACUCCAGAGGUCUACAACCAGGCCUUCCAGACGCAGCCUUCAAGCGACGCCUCAGAAUUAUGCGCACUUUUCUCUGAGGGUGACCAGUUAGGCCCUGAAGAUCUGCCCUUUGACAUCGGGAAGGACAGCGUGAGGUAAUGCUGGCUUCUUCCAGCUAAAGUUUUAUGCAGAUUGGCGCUUUGAAACCCGAACACUUUGCAAAGGACCUGCCUAUGUG